UUCCUUUGAAGAAGUGUAUUCUUCCGCGACGAGAGUGAAGCUGCGCCUGUUGGCAGUGUUCCUCCGCCACCGGCAGCGCAGGGGCAGGCGGUGUCUCUUCGGACGGGGCGAAGAGGUCGCAGGCUUCGCAGGGAGAAGAAGAAACUUCAGAGUGCGGUGACCGGCGCAGAGGCCCGCCUGGCUCUGCAGGCCGGUGGAAAGAGGACUCCCUGCAGAGAAGAAGGAAAAGGAGGAGGAAGCGGCGACUACGGUGUCUGGUCUUCGCCGCCGCCCCGCGGGGUCUCUGCGAGGGAGCCCGGGGGACUCUUUCUUGCGGGGUCGGCGGAGGGAUCUCGAGGCGGCCUUCCAGUCGCCUCCUCCGUGCACCGCUCGCCCCUUGGCGCCGCCAUCUUGGAUUUUAAUCCGCCAUUUUUUUCCUCCCCCCACUCGGAAUUAUUUUUUUAUCGCUACCGCUGCUUUUUCUCCCCCUUCUUUCGUUUUCUCCCCCACCUCCGCCCCUCCCUCGCUCAAGUCGUCGCUUCCCCCCCUACCUUCCUCCCCCUUUUUCCCCUCUCGCUCCCUUCCCUUUGAUGAUUCAUUUUCCCCCGGUGUUGGCUGUGGCAGUGCCGGCGGCGAGGGACCCAGUGCGGAGGGCAGCCGGGAGUAGGAAUUGGAACUGAAAUUAUUCAUCCACUUCUCCGAGCCUUUUGAAAAGUGACUAAAUGCAACUGAGUCAGAUUGUCUGUGGGAAUGAAGUGGCUGGGAGAAUCCAAGAACGUGGUGGUGAAUGGCAGGAGAAGUGGAAACAGGUCGUCUAAUGACCAUGCGCAGAAUCAGACCAAAUUGCAGCAUACAGGAAAGGAGAAUCCGAAGACGGGCAAAAAUGGAGUUGAGAGAAGAUCAGGCAGAUGUAGUGGUGCUUCAGGAUUUGAGGGUCAGAGUCGUUAUGUGCCUUCCUCUGGAAUGUCUGCCAAGGAACUAUGUGAAAACGAUGACCUAGCAACUAGUUUGGUUCUUGACCCCUAUUUAGGUUUUCAGACACACAAAAUGAAUACUAGAUUUCGACCUAUUAAAGGAAGGCAAGAAGAACUAAAAGAGGUGAUUGAACGUUUUAAGAAAGAUGAGCACUUAGAAAAAGCCUUCAAGUCCUUGACGUCAGGUGACUGGGCCCGGCACUAUUUUCUUAACAAGAACAAAAUGCAGGAAAGGUUGUUCAAGGAACAUGUAUUUAUUUAUUUACGAAUGUUUGCUACCGAUAGUGGGUUUGAGAUACUGCCUUGUAAUCGGUAUUCUUCUGAACAAAAUGGAGCCAAAAUUGUUGCAACAAAAGAAUGGAAACGAAAUGAUAAGAUAGAAUUACUUGUGGGCUGUAUUGCUGAACUAUCAGAAAUGGAAGAAAACAUGCUAUUGAGACAUGGCGAAAAUGACUUCAGUGUCAUGUAUUCAACACGGAAAAACUGUGCACAGCUGUGGCUUGGUCCUGCUGCAUUUAUCAAUCAUGAUUGCAGACCUAACUGUAAGUUUGUCUCGACGGGCAGGGAUACAGCGUGUGUGAAAGCUCUAAGAGAUAUUGAACCUGGAGAAGAAAUCUCUUGUUACUACGGAGAUGGGUUUUUUGGAGAAAAUAACGAAUACUGCGAAUGCUACACCUGUGAAAGACGUGGAACUGGUGCUUUUAAAUCAAGAGUAGGAUUGCCAGCACCUACUCCUGUGAUUAAUAGUAAAUAUGGACUGAGAGAAACAGAUAAACGAUUGAACAGACUGAAAAAGUUGGGUGACAGCAGCAAAAAUUCAGACAGCCAGUCUGUCAGCUCUAACACUGACGCAGACACCACUCAGGAAAAAGCUAAUGCAACUAACAGAAAAUCUUCAAUUGGUGUAAAAAAGAACAGCAAAAAUAGAACAUUAACGAGACAGUCUAUAUCAAGAAUUCCAGCAUCAUCAAAUUCUACCUCAUCUAAACUAACUCAUGUAAAUAAUUCCAGGGUACCAAAGAGACUGAAAAAGCCUGCAAAGCCUUUACUUUCAAAGAUAAAGUUGAGAAAUCAGUGCAAAAGGCCAGAGCAAAAGAAUGCUUCUAGAAAGCUCGAAAUGGGAAAUUUGGUUCUCAAAGAGCCUAAAGUAGUUUUGUACAAAAACUUGCCCAUUAAGAAGGAUAAAGAAUUGGAGGGACCAGUCAAAGUUGCAGUCUCUAGUGGCUGCUUAACAAGGCAUGCAGCAAGAGAACAUAAACUGAAUUCUGUGAAAGGUGCUCAUGAGCAUGGUGAUAUACCACCCUGCACAUACAUAACAAGGAGGUCGGUGAGAACAAGGAUGAAUUUGAAGGAGACCUCUGACAUAAAGCUUGAACCAAAUAUGUUGGAUAGCUAUAAGAAUAACUUGACUGGAACGCAAUCGGAUGUUUUAGAGCAGCAGUCUUGUGUGCUAAAUGAAAAUGAUGUGGCUCAUGGACCGUCACAUAAAGGGGAGAUUAGGUGCCAGAAAAAUGAUGCAGGCGUGACAAAAAAGAAAUCUCGACAAGGAAAACUUGUGAAACCAUCUGCAAAAACAGAAGAAACUGAUACUAUGCACAAUACACCUGUUAAAGAUGAAGUACCUGAUUUGAUUAGUUCUCAUUCAGAGCUCGGAGAGAGAAAUAACGUGGCGGACACACCUGUAGGCUAUAAAGACUGUGUCCCUGGGUCUGGUGGCUGCUCUGUUGUAACAUCUGACAAUUUUAAAGCAAAAGACAGCUUUAGAACUGCAAAAAGUAAAAAGAAAAGACGUAUCACGAGGUAUGAUGCACAACUUAUCCUUGAAAAUAGCUCUGGGAUCCCUAAACUGACUCUUCGUAGACGCCACGAUAGCAGCAGCAAGGCAAAUGAUCAAGAAAGUGACGGAAUGAAUUCCUCAAAAAUAAGCAUCAAAUUAAGUAAAGACCAUGAAAAAGAUAACAAUUUAUAUGUAGCAAAGCUAAAUAAUGGGUUUAACUCAGGAUCAGGCAAUAGUUCAACAAAAUUAAAAAUACAGCUAAAAAGAGAGGAGGAAAACAUAGGGACAUACCCUGAGGACCUUCAUGAAAAUGGUGUGUGUUGUAGUGAAACUCUCUCCCUUUUGGAGUCAAGGAUGGAAGUAGAUGAUUAUGGUCACUAUGAAGAGGAAACAGCAGAUGAAUCUUCAUCAGAAGAGGAUGAUGAAGAGGAAGAUGACUAUGAUGAUGAAUUUGAUGACUUUAUUCCUCUUCCUCCAGCGAAGAGAUUAAGGCUUAUUGUUGGCAAGGAUUCAAUAGAUAUUGAUAUUUCUUCCAGGAGGAGAGAGGAUCAGUCUUUAAGGCUCAAUGCAUAAGCUUAUAGGUCUUAAACUGACCUGGAUGUCCUUUUUAUAAAAAAAGAAUAAAAAUCAAAAAAAGGCAAACAAAAAUCCCAAAAGUAAAAACAAUAACGGAAAAAAAAAAAACCACAACAAAAAUUCCAUUUGAUUAUUCCUCAACUGAAGAACUUUCUGAAAAAUUUAGUGGCAGCACUUCUCUGUUGUUUAUUCACCUAUCAGCGUAAUACUGUAGAAAGUGUACAGCAUACUGACUCUGAAGUCUGAUUUGUGCAGAUUUUUAUUGUACUUUUUAAUAGCCUUCUUAUGUGCAAUUCUGAGUUAGAGGUAAUGCUCUGUUGUAAAAUAAAGGCUCAAGCAAAGUGAAGAAAUUGCAUCAAAUCUUUCCAUGCAGGACAAUGAGAAUACAGUGUGGCUACGUAAUUAUUUUUGAUCAGUAAGAGCAUUAGUUUGCUCUUACAGUAUUUGACUAAACAAUUUAAAAAAUCAUAGUAGCAGCAUAUUAAGGUUUUCUAGUAUAUGUUUAUAUCACCAGCAGUUACCUACAGCUUUUCAUUUUAUUUGCUAGAUGUUUCUUUCCCCCCCUUGGAGUUUGUCAGUUUUAACACUGUAUGCUGUCCCAGAUGUACUAUUUGUGGCCUUCGUUAUAGUAGCAAACCGUUGGUUGGAAGUCAAAUUGAUUUCUUAAAAAAAAAAAAAAAAAAGGAAAAAAAGAAAAAAGAAACAAAAAGAUGUUGACAAUUUGCUGACUUUUUAGUACAUUAUAUGUACGAGGGUAGCAGUAUGCAGAAUAAAAGUUUGGAUAUGGCGUAUUUAUUGCUUGUUCUGUAAAUUAAACACCUUGUAUUUAACACUUUUCAAUACUUUUAGAUAAAAAUUGUUCUUUGCAAGAAUGAUUGGUGCUUAUUUUUUCAAGAAUUUGCUGUGAAAUAAUGUGAUUACAAUGGGCAACAUUUAUCCAAUGAACUGCAGCUAUCCUGGAUUGGUUCUUCAUAUUUUUCUGUUGCACUUGUAAAAUGCUACAAGGAAUUUAAAGAAAAUCUAUUCACUUUAACUUAUGAUAGUUUUAUGAAAUUAAAAACAACUAAGUCACAGCUUUUGUUCUGUGGUAACCUAUAAAUUGUUUGUCUUUUAAGAACCAGUUGUAAAAGACUGAAAAAAAUAUGUAUAUGUUGUAAAUAUUUGUGUGUUGUGAGAAAUUUUGUCAUAAGAAAUUGAGAUAACUUGCCAGAAGGGUUUUUAAGUUUAGAAAUACAUCCAUGUCAAUAAAAUAGGAAACUGUAAACCUA